CGGCGGCUCCGGGCGGUGCUGCCGGGGAUGCACCCGAACGCCACGGCCCCGGCCGUGCCCGCGGGGCCGCUGCAGCCGCAGCCCAGCUAUGCCAACGGCACCAACCGCUCCGACCUGCUCCCCAAAGUGCCCGACGAGGAGGACCUGGACGUCAACACCGACAUCUACUCCAAAGUGAUGGUGACCGUCAUCUACCUGGCUCUGUUCUUGGUGGGCACCGUGGGCAACUCCAUCACGGCGUACACGCUGGUGAGGAAGAAGUCGCUGCAGAACCUGCAGAGCACCGUGCACUACCACCUGGCCAGCCUCGCCUUCUCCGACCUCCUCAUCUUCCUCCUCUGCAUGCCCAUCGAGCUCUACAACUUCAUCUGGGUCCAUCACCCCUGGGCUUUCGGGGGGGCCGUUUGCAAGGGCUACUACUUCCUCCGGGACGCCUGCACCUAUGCCACGGCGCUCAACAUCGCCAGCCUCAGCGUGGAGCGCUACAUGGCCAUCUGCCACCCCUUCAAAGCCAAGAGCAUCAUGUCCCGCAGCCGCACCAAGAAGUUCAUCAGCUGCAUCUGGAUCGCCUCCUUCCUGCUCGCCAUCCCCAUGAUCUUCACCAUGGGGCAGAUCUACGGCAAGGACCGGGAUCCCGACUCCCUCAUCUGCACGGCCAUCGUGGACACCUCCACGCUCAAGACGGUGAUCCAGGUCAACACCUUCAUCUCCUUCGUGUUCCCCAUGGUCGUCAUCUCGGUGCUCAACACCAUCAUCGCCAACCAGCUGCUGGUGAUGUUCAGGCAGGCGGCCCAGGAGAACCAGGUGUGCACCAUUGGUGGGCAGCAGACCAUGCUCAGCAUGUCCAUGGAGCCCAGCAGAGUGCAAGCCCUGAAGCACGGCGUGAGGGUCCUGCGUGCUGUGGUGAUUGCCUUCGUGGUCUGCUGGCUCCCUUACCACAUACGGCGCCUCAUGUUCUGCUAUGUCCCCUCCAGCCACUGGACAGAUUUCCUUUACAACUUCUACCACUACUUCUACAUGCUGACAAACGUCCUCUUCUACGUCAGCUCAGCAAUCAACCCCAUCCUCUACAACUUGGUGUCGGCAAACUUCCGCCAGAUCUUCCUCUCCACACUCACCAUCCUGUGCCUGCCAUGGAGGAAGAAGAAGAAACGACUGGCCUUCACCAGGAAAUCCAACAGCAUCUCCAGCAACCACACAUUUUCCAGCCAGGUCACAAGGGAAACUACAUACUGAAGCCAAAGGAGGAGGAGGAGGAACGCAAUUCAUCGUGGAGUCAAAACUUGAGAGAGGCCUCUGUGACUUCCAUGCAUGGUCUCCAAAUUCACCUAACACAAAUGUGUUUAGCAAAGUCAUUUUUUUGGAAAAAAUAGGCUUUGUUCUGCCAGUAACUUUGAGGUUAUUUUCAAGCAUUGGCCUUGCCUCUUGUGAGUAAUGUCUACAUGUAUUGUAACUUCAGUCUGGCAUAAAUCCAGAUGUGGUGUUAACUGGGAAGCCAAAAUGUGUUCAACUUAGGCAAAACUGUUCUGCAUUUCAUCCUUUUCUCAGUGCAGAGAUGCCAUGUCCACAUCCAAGGGUUUGUGAUCACAUCUCCUGGUGGCACCAAGCAGAGGGUUUGAUGAGGAGAAAGAAGUUUGAGCAGAAAAGGAUGUUCUUGGAGAAUGGAUGUGCUCAUCUGUGGGAUGUUCAAUGAAUGAGGAGCGAAAACUCAGGGAGCCAGGUGGUUAUUUUAGAAAUGUAUCUCCAUUGUGAGGAAUAUGACUGAGGUGCUCAAGAGAGCCUCUCUGGCUCCUUGAAAUUAAAUAAGAACAGAUGAUGCCUUACCUAGGCUGGGGUGGCUGUGGCCUGGGGAGUGGGGUCACCUUUGGCUUUAGGGCAUCCACAGUGCCUGGCUUUGGCACCACUGCAGCAAAGUCUCUGGCAAAGUCAAGAAUGCAGAGGCUGUGCCCAGAUGGAGCGCUGAAAAUGAACAGAAAUGGAAAAAUCUUCCUUUUGCCAUACAGCCAAAUCUUAUUUUUUACCAGGGAGAACAGUUUGCUGGCUUGCAUUAAGAGAUGAGAAAACUCUGAGAUCAUGAGGGCUCCAGGCUGCUGAGAUAAGAGCAAUUUGCCCCAUUUCUGUGGGACCUUCAGCUCUUUCCCAUUCUUAUUCCAGUUUUACUUGUUUCCUUGCCAUUUCCACAAGGCUGACAUCUCAUAUAUAGCAGUUUUAGGCAGCAGGUCCUCUUGUUCUACCUUUUCUUGUAUUACUUUUUGCUACCAGAACUGUUGGCACACCCAUCUGCACCUCUAAUAUUUACAUAGUUCAAAUGCAGAGCAUAAGAAACACUAAACUGGGGAGUCUUUGCUCUAAACCCACUUUCUUUUAACAAGCCAGAGGAACAGAAACAAGACCUGAAAAUUCUCUUUGAAAUUUAAGAGAGGAGGUAAGGAGAGCUUGAGCUUUUGUCCCAUAUGGUUCCACCUCUGAUGGCCCCUUAUAUGAUACAACAAAUUGCUCCAGAGUCUUUAGUACUGAAACAACAGGGCUCAGAGACAAGCUAAAGGGCUUUUUGCCCAGAUGGUGACCUUCCCAACUUGGAGCUGACCAAUCACCCUGUGCUGGUGGUGACCUGGUGUCCCCUUUCACACCACACAUCAUCAGGAGAGCAGGACUUGCCUCUGAAAGGUGACAAAGCAGAAGAGUUGUCUCAGUUUGACUUUCUGGGCUUUGCCCAUGUCACCCUUCAGCUAAUGAGCACCUGUGGUCCCCAACUGGAGUCCCAGUGUUGGAGGUGAGGGUCACACAGUGAUGGAGACCAGCACCACUGGUGACAUCUCCUGCUGCAGAUGUUGCAUCACAGAAUCACAGAACAGGUCAAGUUGGAAGGAACUCACAAGAAUCAUUGAAUCCAACUCAAUAGACUUGUGGUUUAGGUCCUGUUGGGCUCAGCACAAAGUGGAAACACCCAUUUGCGGGCAUUGGGUGUGAGUUUUUGGUGAUGAAUGACUACUUUUGAGGCAUUUAGAACCUGUAUGGUAUUUUAUUUUGUCAUUUAGAACCUGUACCCUGCUGGCUGCCAUGGCAUCCCAUCAGCCACACCUGCCAGGGAUGGGAGGUGAUUUUAAUGCCUAGUACAGAAUCCCUGCAAAAGAAAGGGCUCAAAAUAAAAGCCACUGGGGCUUCAGUUCCUUCUGAUUCAGCCAAACUGCAAGCUCUGUUCUGUCAUGCCUUCUUGUGAUUUCUUGCCCUGGUUGUACCAAGCAGAGGGCAGAGAUUAUAUUUGACCAAGCACUUUUGUUGCUCAUGGACUGUUGACUUCUUUUUGACAAAGAAAACAGGUAGUGGCACACAAAUAAAUAAGUUGAAACAAAGAGGAAUAAGGGAGACUGAUCUCUUCAGAAGGAAAUCUGUGAGAAAACAGCAAGAAUUUUGUGUGUGUGGUGUGUGUGAAAUGAUCUGGGCAGGUUGGAAGAAGACAUGCUCAUCCUGCCUAGUGGCAAAAUCCAGGUGCAAUGAACAGGAGAGGGGAAAAAUCUGCCUUGAGAGAAAGAGGAGUCUUGAUGUCACACAUGUAACAUUGGCCUUCCAGGCAAGACACUUCAAAAGUUUCUGGAUUACUCAAAUUAUUUUACUUCACCUCUAAAUACAGCCAGCAGCUGGGAGGAGCUUUCUGAAACCUCCCAGGGAAGCUGUAACUGCAUUGCUUUGACUUUCAUUACCAUUUAACACCCUGCAUGUCUCAUUUGCUUUGAAAUAUUAAACAUUAUUACUACACUUGUUCAACACCAACUUGCUGAAAUGUUGAUUAUCUUAGAAAACACUGUACAAAAAUUGUUCUUUCACUAAGAUGCUUGGUUUAGAUUUUCACUGCUGAGAUAC